AGCUCAGCGGCCGGCGCAGGCGCAGCGGAGGGCUCACCUGUAGCAGGUGCACAGUCUCGGGAGCUGCGGGGACAGCAGCCGGCUCUGCAGGGGUGAUAAGAUGGUGCGGGAGCGGACGGUGCGGCUGCUGUACGGGAGCCGCGUGGAGGCGGUGUACGUGCUGGGCACGCAGCUCUGGACCGAUGUCUACAGUGCAGCCCCUGCAGGGGCCAAAACCUUCAGCCUGAAGCACUCAGAAGGUGUAAAGGUGGAGGUGGUACGUGAUGGGGAGGCCGAGGAGGUGGUCACCAACGGCAAGCAGCGCUGGGCCCUCUCGCCCAGCACCACAUUGCGGCUCAGCAUGGCCCAGGCCAGCACAGAGGCCAGCAGCGACAAGGUCACAGUCAGCUACUAUGAGGAGGAGGGCAGCGCCCCCAUUGACCAAGCUGGGCUCUUCCUCACAGCCAUUGAGAUCUCGCUGGAUGUGGAUGCAGACCGGGAUGGCGAGGUGGAGAAGAACAACCCUAAGAAGGCGUCCUGGACCUGGGGUCCUGACGGCCAGGGGGCCAUUCUGCUGGUAAACUGUGACCGAGACACGCCCUGGCUGCCCACGGAGGACUGUAAUGAUGAAAAGGUCUACAGCAAGGAAGACCUCAAGGACAUGUCUCAGAUGAUCCUACGAACCAAAGGUCCCGACCGCCUGCCCGCCGGGUACGAGAUAGUCCUCUAUAUUUCCAUGUCGGACUCGGACAAAGUGGGCGUGUUCUACGUGGAGAACCCCUUCUUCGGCCAACGCUACAUCCACAUCCUGGGCCGGCAGAAGCUCUUCCACGUGGUGAAGUACACGGGUGGCUCCGCGGAGCUGCUGUUCUUCGUGGAAGGCCUCCGCUUCCCCGACGAGAGUUUCUCGGGCCUGGUUUCCAUCCACGUCAGUCUGCUGGAGUAUAUGGCUGAGGGCAUCCCAUUGACACCCAUCUUCACAGACACUGUGACGUUCCGGAUUGCACCGUGGAUUAUGACCCCCAACAUCCUGCCUCCCGUCACAGUGUUUGUGUGCUGCAUGAAGGACAAUUACCUGUUCCUGAAAGAGGUGAAGAACCUGGUGGAGAAAACCAACUGCGAACUGAAAGUUUGUUUUCAGUAUAUGAACCGUGGAGACCGCUGGAUCCAGGAUGAAAUUGAGUUUGGCUACAUUGAGGCACCCCACAAAGGCUUCCCGGUGGUGCUAGACUCCCCUCGAGAUGGAAACCUGAAGGACUUCCCCAUUAAGCAGCUCCUGGGCCCGGAUUUCGGCUAUGUGACCCGGGAGCCCCUCUUUGAGAAAGUCACCAGCCUCGACUCCUUUGGGAAUCUGGAGGUCAGUCCCCCAGUGACAGUGAAUGGCAAGGCGUACCCUCUUGGCCGGAUCCUCAUCGGGAGCAGUUUCCCUCUGUCUGGAGGCCGGAGGAUGACCAAGGUGGUGCGUGACUUUCUGCAGGCCCAGCAGGUUCAGGCGCCCGUGGAGCUCUACUCUGAUUGGCUGACUGUUGGCCACGUAGACGAGUUUAUGACCUUCGUCCCCAUCCCAGGCAAGAAGGAGUUUCGGCUGCUCAUGGCCAGUACCUCAGCCUGCUACCAGCUCUUCCGAGAAAAGCAGAAGGAAGGCCAUGGGGAGGCCGUUAUGUUCAAGGGCCUGGGGGGCAUGAGCGGCAAACGCAUCACCAUCAACAAGAUCCUGUCCAACGAGAGCCUCUCACAAGAAAACCAGUACUUCCAGCGCUGCCUGGAUUGGAACCGUGACAUCCUCAAGAAGGAGCUGGCACUGACUGAGAGGGACAUCAUUGACCUGCCGGCUCUGUUCAAGAUGGAUGAAGACCGCCAGGCCAGGGCUUUCUUCCCUAACAUGGUGAACAUGAUCGUGCUGGACAAGGAACUGGGCAUCCCCAAACCUUUCGGGCCUCAGGUGGAGGAGGAAUGCUGCUUAGAGACACAUGUUCGAAGCUUGCUGGAGCCCCUGGGCCUUGCCUGCACUUUCAUUGACGACAUCUCUGCCUACCACAAGUUCCUGGGGGAGGUGCACUGUGGCACCAACGUCCGCAGGAAGCCCUUCACCUUUAAGUGGUGGCACAUGGUGCCCUGACUGGCAGGGGCCCUGGCCUACCCUCCUCCCCUGUAAUCUCCAGGUCCUUCCUGUGCCCCCAAGUCCUUCCCUUUCAAGAAGUGGGUGGGAUUGGGGGUAUUUGUGCCUUACUGUCCCUGGAAAGGGCCUCCGUGUCCACUGGAGUUA